CCAUCCACCAACUUCAACCCAUAGUCUAUCGACACUCCACUCCAUUCCACCUCCAACAUCCCCCAACCAACUAAUCAACCCAAUCAUGACCAUCAUCGCCGUAGCCGGCGGUACCGGCGGCGUAGGAAAGACCAUCGUCGAGACACUGCUCCAAGAACCCAAGCACCAGAUCAUCAUCCUGAGUCGCAACGAACCCAAAGAAGAGAAAGAAGAAGAAAAAGAAAAAGAAGAUGGCACCCUCCCAAAAGCCCCACACGUACAGAUCGACUACAGCAACAUCUCCGCCCUCACCCAAACCCUCGAACAACACGCCAUCCACACAAUCAUCUCCGCGAUCACCAUCUUCGACGACGAGAACAGUCAAGCGCAAUUGAACCUGAUCCAGGCCGCUGACAACGCUACCACGACUAAGAGAUUUAUUCCGAGUGAAUACUCGUUCGUUCAGACAGAAGACCUCCUCCCCAUCGACCCCAGCAUAAAAUACUGGCUCUCCGCCGCGAAAGCCCUCCAAACCAGCAACCUGCAAUACACGCGCAUCAUCCCCGGCUUCUUCAUGGACUACUGGGGGAUGCCGCACGCGCGGAGCCAUCUCUCGCCGCACGUGUUCGGGAUCGACAUCCCGAACGGCCGGGCAGCGAUCCCGGGGGACGGAAACGAUACGCUGUGCAUGACGUACACGUAUGACAUGGCGGCGUUUCUGGUGAGGAUUCUUGAGCUGCAGGUGUGGGAGGAGUUUAGUGUGGUGGUGGGGGAUGAGGUUACGUAUAAUCAGCUUUUGGGGAUAGUGGAGGGUGUUACAGGGAGAAAGUUCGAAGUGGUGUACGAUAGUAUUGAAAAGGUGAAGAAGGGAGAGGUCACUGUCCCGGCGAUACCGGAUGGGUAUUCCGAGGAAGAGGCGCGCGAGAUGACUGCGUUGGUGAGUCGGCUUACGAUCUCCGGGGCGUUUGAUCUGCCCCAGGAGCGUCUGAAUGGUAGGUUUCCGGAUCUGAAGCCGAUUAAGGUGAGGGAGUUUCUUGAUGUCUGGAGGGGGAAGUCGUGAUAUGAUAUGAUAUGAUAUAAUAUGAUAUGGUAUGAUAUGAUAGUAUAUGUGUAUUGGCCUAGACUAUCUACAUAUUCUAUU